AAAAUAUUUGAAACUUUUGAAGCAGAAGGAUUUUCUGUAAUAGAGACAAGUACUCUAACAGAAGAAGGUGUAAUCCAAGUUAAAACAGAGGCCUGUGACAGACUGUUGGCCCAUCGUGUUGAUACUAAAAUGAAAGGAAAUAAAGUGAAUGAAGUUUUGAAUAGAUUACACUUGGCCAUGCCAACCAAAAGAGAUAACAAGGAGCGGCUGCCUUUUAUACCUGAGGGAGCAGUAGCACGUAGGAAACGCAUGGAAGUAGACACGCCCAAGAGGAAAUUGGAGAGAGAUCUUGAACUUGAAAUGGGAGAUGAUUACGUUUUGGAUCUUCAGAAAUACUGGGACCUAAUGAAUUCAUCCGAAAAAUAUGAUAAAAUACCAGAGAUAUGGGAAGGUCAUAAUAUACUUGACUACAUUGAUCCAGAUAUAAUGAGAAAACUGGAAGAAUUAGAGAAAGAGGAAGAGCUGAGAGAAGCUGCUGGAGAAUAUGACAGUGAACCAGAAAGUGAAGAUGAAGAAAUGAUGGAAAUCCGACAGCUGGCAAAACAGAUCCGGGAAAAGAAGAAACUGAAAAUCCUGCAGUCAAAGGAAAAAGAUACUCGAGGUCCGAGGAUGCCCAGAACAGCUAAAAAGGUCCAGCGGAAGGUGCUAGAGAAAGAAAUGACUGAUCUUGGACUCGACAUGACUAAUAAAGAUGAUGCACAUUAUGUGAGAAGGUCCCGUAGUGCUACAAGGAAACGUAAACGUGAUGAAUCUGAAACCCCUAAGUCUGUGGCACGCAGUCGCAGCUCCUCUCGCACACCUCGGGAUGUUUCUGGUCUUCGUGAUGAAAAGAUGGUGAAGAAGGUCAAGACUAUGGCAAAGAAAGCUCAAAAGAAAAUGAAUCGCCUGGGCAGGAAGGGAGAGGCGGACAGACACAUAUUUGACUUGAAGCCAAAACAUCUGCUGGCUGGAAAGAGAAAAUCUGGUAAAACACAGAGAAGAUAAGCAGUCUUCUGAAUUAAAAUGAAUUAAAACUAA